AGUACAACGACCUUAAAAGCACAUUCACGGAGCAGAUACGGCACCAGCUUCGACAUUACCUAACCAAUGCGAGUCGGAAGCGUCGACAUUGACGCUAAUCGAGUUGAAAAACGAUUAGGCUUGCCCUUGCUGUCAGGACUUCAUCCAACAUGCCACAAGAGCCACAAAAGCCAUGACUGUACACCACUGCCAUCUCUUCCUCAGCAACGAAACCUAACUGUCAAUGUGCACAAGCUGUGCGACUUGACGUACAGCAUUUGGGGGGAAAGAGGUCCAUUGGUCAAUUCGUGCAAAGUGGAGGGCGAUGCAGAGCGGGGGCGAGUGUUUUUAGGGUACUUGACUGCGUGUUUGGAAGAUGAAAAGAAGAAGGCGAGGAAGAAGAGGAGGGUUGGCAGAGCGAUUGUUAAAGAAGAGUCUAUUGCUGGACGACCGGGCAAGACACAGGGUUUAGUGGAUAAAUUCAUAGCGUCUCAGAACAACCAAGCAUCAACUGAUCUUCAUCCUAAAUGCGGAAUACGGCGUCGAGGUGCCUUAAAUGCGAUCAUACCAACAACCCAAGAUCUUCUCCCCAUUUUGCAAAAAGCACCUCCAGCGCGUACGCAAGAAGACAUGAAAAUCCUCUUCCGCGGUCUACGUCCACUUGGGGCUUUCAAAAGUCUUUCCAAUUUCGCGCUGACACAAUUACUUGGUGUUCUGCAUCUGAACACCUAUGAACCGCAUCGAAUCGUCUUCAAACAGGGGGACGAAGGGACGUCCUGGUUUGUUAUUUUACAAGGUAGGGUAAACGUUAUGGUCGCUUCGGGGAAUAGUGAUAGUGCAGGGAAAAGCAGGACGUGGACUGGAGAGCAUGGUUCUGCAAGACUUUUAAUACAGAGUAGCAAUACGGUUGGGACAUUGGGUCCUGGAGAGGGGUUUGGGGAGGUAGCAUUGGCGACGGAUGCAAGAAGGGCUGCGACUAUCAUGACGGUUGAAAAGUGCUUCAUAUUAAGAGUGGAGAAGGGGGAUUAUAAUCGGAUGGUCCGAUUCAUGCACGAAAAAGAUCGCAAAGAAAAAAUCUUCUUUCUUCGAAAAGUCCCAGCUCUUUCGACACUACCGUCCCUCAUCCCCAUUGUCAACGCAAUGACCUUAAAAUCACAUCCAAAAAAUACACAUCUGCUCUCUCAACAUCAUCCCAUAACCGAGGUCUGCUUCAUCAAAUCAGGACGGUGCGUCGUGCAAGCCCAGUUGGAAGUAGAGACGUCGCUGUGUCUACCAGAUAUUGCGGGACCAUUCUGCGUGUCGGUUGUGCUCGGGUACCUAGGUCCUGGGGAUUAUUUUGGAGAAACGAUCGUUUUGCAUGCUCCGUCUCAAUAUGGGCAUAACAACAAUGGUUAUAGUCCAUCCGAAUUGGAACAAGGCGAUGUAAAUCAGCAACGAGCGAAAACGGUUUCUCGAGACCUUGUCAGCUCAGUGACGGUACGCUCGGUAACACCGGUGGAAAUUGGCCACAUCUCGGCACACGAUGCCCGAUCACAUCUGAGUGGGCACCUCCAAUUAUCAGAAUAUACGGUGAAAUCACUGGACAAGGAAAAACUUCUGAAUGCUUAUUUUGAGUACAUGGACUUGAAACGAUGGAAGCGCUACAGGCGGUUGGUAUUGAAUGGGUUUGUUAAAGAGCGAUUUGCUGAUCCGUGCAUGAAUUUGGAUCGUUUUCGUCAGCGCAUAACAUAGCUUAGUGUAGAAUAGUGUAGAAGAUGUCCUUUAUACAGGUCCUGUGAUGGAUUCUGGCAUUUGACAUGAACAUCCUCCUCUUCCAAUUUCGUAAACUUUGUAGCAUGCUGGGUUGAGGAGCGUUUGGAAUACAUACAUAUCAAC